CUAAAAAUAUGGUUUCAUAUUGGAAAAUAGUUAGAAUUGAUAUAAUAUGAUGUGGGAGUAAUAAUUUGAGAUAUAAAAACCACUAGCUUGUAUAAUAAUUUUAGAACUGGUUAAACAUUGAAUUGAGGCAGGAUGUUUGCUGAAAAGUUCUUAUUUGUACUGGCAGUGCCUGUUCAAAUCUUGAUAUUUUCAAAAGAAACAGAUGCUGCUUGUUCCCUACCAACAGAGCUUAAAAAUGGACAGUGGAAGUAUACGUACACAGACGUACAAAACACUGAAAAAACAACUACAGUAACAUUUGGCACUACAACUAUUUCUUCAGGCAUCUCAGUUAAUGCCCUUGGGACAACAAUAGAUGAAUGGAACUGUAUAUCUAGCUUACAGAUCUCAGAUACGGUAUCUGUUGCUGCUUUUAAAAGUACAAAACAUUAUAGUGAUUUCAAUAGUGGUUCACGAUGGUUAUAUAUGUGUAUGAAAUUCACAAAAGUAUCAAACGACUUGUUUUACUUUUAUCUAUUGUCGGACGUUGACACCACUAUUUACCCAGCGGAGAGGAUAUAUAACCCCCUAGUGCAGCCAAAUCAAGAUGGUGAUAUAUGUAGUACGUUUUGUUCUUACGCCGAUUCAAAGCCAAAGAUCCGUACGCUUGAAAAAGAAGGAACAAGUGAUGUGUUGCCUGACGAUUCAUCCUUGUGUGAGCCUUGCGGCGAUUCCUGUGAAAAAGCCCCAAUUGUUUGUACAGUUUCGGAAACUGUGCCGUUUGUAACAGGACCUACUAACGGGAGCUACAAUUAUCUCGAUAAGAUAACUUACUCUUGUAACAUUGGAUAUGAAGUGCAAUCUGGUAACCUCGAACGUACAUGCCAGGACGACGGGUCAUGGAGCGGAAGUCCUCUUGUUUGUGCCCCAAUUGUUUGUAUAGUUCCGGAAACUGUAGAGUUUUCAACAGGACCUACCGACGGAAGCUACGAUUACCUCGAUAUGAUAACUUACUCUUGUAAUACAGGAUAUGAAGUUCAAUCUGGUAACCUCGAACGUUCAUGUCAAGACGACAAAACAUGGAGCGGAAGUCCUCCGGUUUGUGCCCCAAUUGUUUGUAUAGUUCCGGAAACUGUAGAGUUUGCAACAGGACCUACCGACGGAAGCUACAAUUACCUCGAUACGAUAACUUACUCUUGUAACACAGGAUAUGAAGUUCAAUCUGGUAAUCUCGAACGUUCAUGUCAAGAUGACAAAACAUGGAGCGGAAGUCCUCCGGUUUGUGCCCCAAUUGUUUGUAUAGUUCCGGAAACUGUAGAGUUUGCAACAGGACCUACCGACGGAAGCUACAAUUACCUCGAUAUGAUAACUUACUCUUGUAACACAGGAUAUGAAGUUCAAUCUGGUAAUCUCGAACGUUCAUGUCAAGAUGACAAAACAUGGAGCGGAAGUCCUCCGGUUUGUGCCCCUAUUGUUUGUAUAGUUCCGGAAACUGUAGAGUUUGCAACAGGACCUACCGACGGAAGCUACAAUUACCUCGAUAUGAUAACUUACUCUUGUAACACAGGAUAUGAAGUUCAAUCUGGUAAUCUCGAACGUUCAUGUCAAGAUGACAAAACAUGGAGCGGAAGUCCUCCGGUUUGUGCCCCUAUUGUUUGUAUAGUUCCGGAAACUGUAGAGUUUGCAACAGGACCUACCGACGGAAGCUACAAUUACCUCGAUAUGAUAACUUACUCUUGUAACACAGGAUAUGAAGUUCAAUCUGGUAAUCUCGAACGUUCAUGUCAAGAUGACAAAACAUGGAGCGGAAGUCCUCCGGUUUGUGCCCCUAUUGUUUGUAUAGUUCCGGAAACUGUAGAGUUUGCAACAGGACCUUCCUACGGAAGCUACAAUUACCUCGAUCUGAUAACUUACUCUUGUAAUACAGGAUAUGAAGUUCAAUCUGGUGAUGUCGAACGUUCAUGUCAAGAUGACAAAACAUGGGGCGGAAGUCCUCCAGUUUGUGUGCCAGUUAGUUGUCCAGGUCCAGGAAAUGGACAGUUUACAGAAGAACAGACUUAUUCCAGCUACAGUUUCUCUGAGACUAUAACCUACUCUUGUAUAAAAGGAUAUAAAAUCCAAUCUGGUGAUCUAAUACGUUCAUGUCAAGCUGAUGGAACAUGGAGUGGAAGUUCUCCAGUGUGUAAAAUGAGUUUAGAAUACUUUUGUGCUACUCUUUUUGAAUUAUUUGAAAAUGAAGAUAGUUUGGAGAUCGAAUUGGACAAUAUUAGUUCUGAGGGAAGUUUUGAGAAGAACAAACGCAAAAAAUACAAAGACAAAAAGAAGAAGAAGAAGAAAGGACGAAAAGAAUACGGUUUCUUUAAAACACUCAAAGCUUUGAUAACCAACAAUUGCUUCCCGUCAUAAUCGCCAGAACCAGUAAAUUCAAAUAAAGUGUGCAUGAAACUGACAUUUACCAGUUUAACUGAAUGUCAAAUGAAAACAAAACUAAUGAACAGUAUCGACCUUAAAGACAGUACUCUUCAAUGAAAACCAUUUAUGUAGUUUGAUUUUUUUUAUAAUAAUAACGUCUACAUUCUUCUGCAUUUUACUAUAACUUUGGAUGAAUAAACAUCGACAACUGC